AUGUGUUUGUGGGAGAAAGCAGGGAUUUUGGAUAAGUUGGAGUCCCCUAAAAAGACCCAUGGUCUCCUUUGGCUCCAGCUUCCAAACCGCGUGCCUGUUGUUGGUGGUCUGGGCGUGCCUGAAGGGUUUGGGAGCCUCGCUGGAGGCCCUCUGCUGCAGUGGCGUGUCCAGGACCUGGAUCACCGGCGAGAGGGCAGCAGGCUGACCUGUCGUCCUGCUCGCUGCUUGGGCUGGAGGAGGAAGAGGAGGAGGAGGAGUGGGGGCUGGAGGCUCUGGGUCCCGUGGUGGAGGUGGUGGCCCCUCAGUUCCUUGUGGGGCCAAAGGUCGUGCUCUCACCACCGUCUCAGGGUUUGUGUCAGCUGGUUUGAUCGACUCAAUAAGGGUCUGGGUCAGCCUGGCUAUGGCAGGUUUGGACAAACCUCCCACCGUGCUGGUGUGUGUCCUGCCAGCCCUGGCGUUGUUGUGCCUGCUGUCCGCUCCGCUGAGGCUCCUGGCCGCUCCGCUGCGGCUGCUGCUGGGGCCGCUGCCAGCCCCGUUGAGCGGUCCCUCCGCGCGGGGCAUAAUUUUGCGUUCGGCGGUUCUGCUGACCACCAUUGUUCUGGCCCCUUCUCUGGAUUCCAGGAAGGCCAGGCUGGAGGUCAGGUGAGGUGGAUUGUCAAAUUGGAGGCCCAAUUGAGGAGAAAGGAAGGAGGGAAAAAAAAGCUUCAGUCCAGUCCUGUGGACCUGUAA